AUGGAUUUGAUCAACUGGUCCCUUAACGAAACUGACAAACUCCUGGGCUUGGGAGAGCCCGAUUGUCCUGCGGAGACGUUUGCUGCCGGAUACUCGAUGGUCGGUUGCGUCGUGUGUCUGGCGACACUCUCGAUGGAGGACAUUGAACGACAUCUACCAAUUCGGAACCACAACAACAGAGCUGAGGACCAGUUUUCUGCCAGGACCAACCUGAGGAGGGGCAUCAAACAGACCAAGGCGGCCUAUAAGAGGAAGAUAGAGGGCUUCUACACAGACAACAACCCCAACCAGGUGUGGAGAGGCAUCCAAGCCCUCUCCAACUUCAAAGUUGAUGCAUCCCACAUUGGCCGAGUGUGCACAACUUGGGGAUACUAUCACUUCAAGACUUUUGAUGGAGAUCUCUUCCAAUUGAAUUCGAGUUGUAACCAUGUCCUUGCAAUGCAAUGCAAGGGCAGCUAUGAAAACUUUAAUAUCCAGAUGCGGCGGCGCUUAGUUAACAACAUCCCCACAAUCAGCAAAAUCAUCAUGAUGCUGCAAGGUUCUGAGGUGGAGCUCUCUAACAACUCUGUCCUUGUCAAUGGCAAGAUGGAAUCUCUGCCGUUCAGUAAAUCAGGAGUGACUGUCAAAGGGACCGCAUCUAGUAUCUCUGUUGAAGCUAAUCUGGGAAUAAAGGCAAUCUGGAACCUGGACGACUCCCUUGAUAUUGAAAUAGAUGAGAAAUAUCGGACCCAGACAUGUGGACUGUGUGGAAACUUUGAUGGCAUAUCCAAUGAAUUCCUGAAUGAUGGAACUCCACUGGCUGUGGUGGACUAUGCUGAGACCUGGAAGAUAAAUGGCCCCACAGAGUACUGUGAGGAGACUGAUGUUAACCCAGUCCAGAGCUGUGGUGAUAAGCAAUUCUGUGACCAGACCUUCUCCAGUGAUCCCUUUGUUGAUUGCCAAAACAUUCUUGAUGUGGAAUCCUUUAGUAAAGCCUGUAUGGUGGACACGUGCAACUCUAUAGACAACACUACUUUGGUCCUCUACAAGGAAUGUCCAUACAACAUGGUGUUCUUGGAAUGUGGCAGUUCAUGUCCUGACAGCUGUUCCACCCCUCAUGCCAGCCAGACAUGUGACAGCCACUGUCAUGAUGGCUGCAGCUGCCCUGCUGGAAUGGUCUUUGAUGACAUUGGCAACAGUGGGUGUAUUGCAGUCUCUCAGUGUCCAUGUCUGCACAACAACAAAAUCUACAAGACAGGAGAGUCCUACUCCCACCACUGUAGAUCCUGUGUAUGUGAAAGUGGUCGGUGGAGUUGUACAGAGAUGAACUGUCCAGGAAUCUGUUCUGUCAAAGGAGGAGCUCAUAUUAACACCUUUGAUGGAAAAGCCUACACAUUUCAUGGCGAUUGUUCCUAUGUUCUAGCUAAGGACAGUAAUGGUUUGGCCUACACUGUGCUGGUGGAUCUGGUCAAGUGCGGACUAAGGGACACAAAGACUUGCCUCAGAACUGUAACUUUGGCCUUACGCAGCAAUUAUGUGGUUGUUAAAGUUCAGGCAUCUGGGCAGGUCUAUGUGAACCAGAUUCAUUCUCAGCUUCCACUGUUUACAGCUGAUCUGAGAGUCUUUAAGCCAUCUUCCUUCUACAUCCUUAUAAACACCACUGUGGGCAUACAACUGAUGAUUCAGCUGUCUCCCAUAAUGCAGGUGUUCAUUUCAGCUGACAAAUCACUCACAGGAACCACCUCUGGUUUGUGUGGAAACUUCAAUGACAUAAUGAGUGACGACUUUAGAGUGACCAAUGGGCUGGUGGAAGGCACUGCUGCUGCAUAUGCCAACGCAUGGAAAACCAGAGCCAGCUGCCCAGACAUUAUAUCACAUUUUGGAGACCCUUGUAAUGACAACAUCCUCACAGAGAACUAUGCCAAUUACUGGUGCUCCAAAUUAACUGAUCCCAAGGGAGUGUUUGCUCCCUGCCACGCUGUCGUUAGCCCCAGCACAUAUAAAGAUAACUGUAUGUAUGACACCUGUAACUGUGAAAAAAGUGAGGACUGCAUGUGUGCUGCAGUUUCCUCAUAUGUCUAUGCCUGCUCAGCAGCAGGAGUCCACAUCACUGGCUGGAGGAAAACCAUCUGUGAGACAUUCAGUACAUCAUGUGCAGCAGACACUGUGUAUAAUUACAACAUGACCAGCUGUGGGCGUACCUGCCGUUCCCUUGGCCAGACUGACUACUCUUGUCAGGUCAACUUCACCACAGUGGAUGGCUGUGGUUGUUCUGAAGGAACUUACAUGAAUGAGAAAGGCCAGUGUGUAGCCCGUGAAAGCUGCCCCUGCUAUGCUGAAAGCAUUAUUGUUCCUCAUGGACAGACUAUCAGUUCACAACAAUGCGAAUGCCCCAUGGUGUACUUUGACUGCUCCACUGCUCACCCUGGGGCUACUGGCACUGAAUGUCAAAAGAGCUGCAGCACCGCUGACAUGGCUUGUAUCCACACAGGCUGCACAUCAGGCUGCAUAUGCCCAGAUGGUUUGUUGUCAGAUGGAGCAGGAGGCUGUGUCAAUGAGACCAGCUGUCCAUGUGUACACAAUGGUAAAAUCUACCAGCCUGGAGAGACACUGACAGUGGAUUGCAAUACCUGUACGUGCAGUGGAAGGAAGUUCACAUGCACCAGCAAUGCAUGUGAUGCUGUUUGUGGAAUCUAUGGGGACGGUCACUACAUCACCUUUGAUGAUAAGAGGUUCGACUUCAGUGGACAGUGUGAAUACACACUUCUACAAGACUUCUGUGGCACCUGUAACGGCAAUGGAAGCUUCAGAAUUAUUACUGAAAAUGUUCCAUGUGGAACCACAGGAACCACCUGCUCUAAGACCAUCAAGAUCUUCUUGGGGGAUAAUGAAUUCCAGCUUAAAGAUGACAACUUACAAGUGGUAAAGGGCAGUAUCCAGGUGCUUCGGGUACAAAAAAUGGGCAUUUACAUAGUGGUGACAAUCAAGCCUGGGCUUGUUCUUAUGUGGGACCAGAAGACCAGUCUUUUCAUUGCAAUCAGUCCACAGUUCCAGGGUCAGGUCUGUGGUCUGUGUGGAAACUAUGAUGGUAACAGUAAGAAUGACUUCACCACACGCUCCCAGGAAAUAGUAACAGAUGUUCUACGAUUUGGUAACAGCUGGAAAGUUUCAUCUAGUUGUCCCAGUGCACAGCUAAUCAGGGAUCCCUGUGCCUAUAAUCGCUACCGGGAAGCCUGGUCUCAAAAACAGUGCAGUAUCAUCAUGAGUGUCACAUUCAAGAGCUGUCAUUCAAAGGUUGACCCUGGUCCAUAUUUUGAUUCCUGUGUGAGAGACUCCUGUGCUUGUGACACUGGUGGGGACUGCGAAUGUCUGUGUACUGCUGUGGCUGCAUAUGCCAAAGCCUGUAAUAAAGCUGGGACCUGCAUUGCAUGGAGGACUCCAAAGUUUUGUCCUAUGUUCUGUGACUACUAUAAUUCACAUGAUGGUGAAUUAUGUGAGUGGCACUACAACCCUUGUGGACCUCGGAACUUGGAAACGGACUGCUUGAAAACAUGUAGCAAUCCAUCUGGAAACUGCUCCACACACAUCACCAACCUGGAAGGCUGCUAUCCAAGGUGUCCCCCAACCAAACCCUUCUUUGAUGAAGAAAAAAUGAAGUGCGUUGAUUGCUGUGAAGACACAACAACUAAAGGAACAACAACAACACCUAUACAAACAACAUCUGUUGAAUCCACAACAGCGACGAAAUGCACUGAAAGCCCGUGUCCUCCUCCUCCCACUUGCUUGCCGGGUUUCCAACUGAUUAUCAAUUACGGUGUCAUUAUCAAUGACACCUGUUGCCCAACGUACGAGUUUGCUCCUAAAGGUGUAUGUGUCUAUGACAUGACUGAAUACAAGCCUGGUACCAAGAUCCCGACGCCAGACACACUAUCAGAACCCCCUUUAGAAGCACCAGAAGCACAAUCAAUGGGAGAACAAGCGUCAGUAACAACAACAACAACACCAUCAGGAGCUGGAGAAACAUCAACAAUGUCAGAGUCGCUAGCGCCCGGGCCCUGCCGGGAAUGUCACUGUGGCACACAAGUGGAUCCUGUCACCAAGCUGAACAUCAUUACCUGCAAACCUGUCGUCUGCAACAAAAACUGUUCUGCUGGUUAUGAAUAUCAGACUGAGUCAGGCAAGUGCUGUGGUAAAUGUGUUCAGACGGCCUGUAUUUUCACCACAACUGAUGAUGUGACAGUGCAUGUUAUUGAGGUCAACACCUCUUACAUACCCCGUAAUAACAAAUGUGUGCAAUAUACCUGUGAGAAGCUCAAUGGACUGCCUGUUACCAAGGAAACCAAGACUACUUGUCCUCCCUUUAACCCCUUGGACUGUGAACCUGGCACUGAAACAACAGACGCCAAUGGGUGCUGCAAAACCUGCAAGAUAAGUCUGUGUAAGACCCAGAAGGAGCAGAGAAUCAUUGAAGUGAACAACUGCAAGAGUGCACAGCCAGUUAAUAUCACAUAUUGUGCUGGACACUGUGAAAGUUUGUCCAUGUAUUCUAUGGCAGCCAACAAAAUGGUACGUGAAUGCGGGUGCUGCCAAGAAGCCACCACCAGUUUGGAGCAGGUGGAGCUUACCUGUGAUGAUGAGUCUAAGCUGCAGCACAGCUACACCAUGGUACAGUCAUGCCACUGCAUCAAAACAGAAUGCGUGGCAGGGACAACGUCCAACCCACAGCACCGCAGGAGACGCUGAUCAUCAGUAACUUGAAUGCUUUACAAUGGCUAAGACCACCUUUGACACUCCUUGCACCACGUUUUCUUAUCUCUGGUUGAACAAAUACUCCUUUUCUGUAUCACAACCUACCACUGUGAUGUAAACUGUCUUUUCUUGGUGAUAAACAUUAAAGUCUUUCUGCAACAUCAACAUUUUCACCAAGUCUUUGUGGGGAUUGAACAUCAAAGAACACAAAAACUUUGAAAAACACUUGCUUUUCAAAAAAAAAAAAAAUACAUAUGGAGGUUUAACACUUUUUGAUGACAAAUUUGACAUUGUGAAGGGAACAGUCUUACAGAAAGGUUAUAUUCCAUUUCCACUGCAUCUCCUGUGGCUGGCUUCUAAAUCAGCUUUUCACUUAA